AUGGUUAUGGAUGGUGGUGCUGUGAUGGUGGAUGCUCGAGAAAGUGAUUGGUACGAGUUAGAAGGGCCUGAGCUCACUGUCUCCCGCUGGGCCGGAGACUCUUUGAUACACUUUGUGGAUGGGUUGUCUGAGACUUGCGUCUCCGACCCUGUUUUGGUUCGUAUACACCACUAUAGGAUCUAA